AGGAGAACCAGGGCCAGACGCUGGGUCAGCGCCUCGCAGCCCUCGGGUGACGGUUCUCCGCUCUGAUUGCUGUGAAGUGUACUGUACUGUGAGAAUGUGAACCGGGGGUGUGAUGUGGUAUUGCUGCAACUGGAAUCCUUUGUUCAGUCUCGUUUCUUGUGACCCUGACUCGAGGAAACCCUGGCCGUCUUGCUUUUCUAAUACUGUCUACCCUUGGGAUAACGGUGACGAAGCUGAACUGAACUCUUCUGACAGGGACUCGUCGGACGGGUGGACUACUAAGCCACGAUCAAAGGAAGUUCUUCGAACGCAGCCUCGACGCAGCGUCACGAGCGUUCGCAGUUGUUCUCUAGCUCCAGUCGUGAAACCAAAUUGUUGGGACGGAUGCGUCACCGACAGGGUAUUUGAGGAAACCGGGUUCGGCUCCGCCAAAUCAACGGAGAAGGAAGCCCACGGGCGAUCUCGUACGAAUAGUGUCCCGAAUCACAAAGUCUUGCGAGAACCAUUGCCGAGAAAAUUGAGUUCACCGUCGUUCGGAAGACGACGGGGAUCGUGCAACACCCGACUGGCAACUGUGACCCCUCGCAUGAUUCCCUUCAGGACACCUUCGGAUGCUUGUCCAGCAUCUGAGGGAAGUUGGAGCAAGCCGGGAAUCGCGGGUCCAUCUCCAACCGUCAGUCCCACCGCUGUGGCCGUCGAUCAAAGCACCCCGCAUCCUCAUAAGACGGAAGACGGAGUCCUGGACUUCACCCUGCGUUGGCGGGCUCCUCGGCUGCAGAAGCGAAGCACGAGUUUGGAUUCUGGUGAUUGGGACGAGCAGACGAGCAAUAGGUCUUUGCUGCAGCCGAGCCCUGCCAGCAGCCACUCUUCCUGGUCUCGCCUGCCGGAAGAAGAGCUGGAAACUGCCUGCAAGUACCGAGCCGAAGCCAUAGCGGAUAAUGCGACGGACAUGGCACACUGUGAUUUCAUGGACCUGACUUUCCAGGAACUCACGCAAGAUCCUGGGAAGCCAACGGAACGAGACGGCUCUGUUUCGCCGACUCGGAGGAACGCCAUGCGGGAACAGUACCGUCGGAUGUGGGAGCUCAGGGCGACCUUCGAGGAACAGGACGACGACGACGAUGAUAUCAGCAUUGCCCUAGAUUUCCCUGAC